CGCAAACAGGAUCUGGUUUACGAUGUGUCUCAUCGUUCUUCCCGACGCAGUUUCUCCUUGCUCGCGCGGCUGUCGUGUUUUUCCGGAACGGAUCUUGCGGUUGCUCGCGAAUACAUGACUGCGUUUAUCAACGGCAGACCGCCGUAUCCUUCGUGAUCCUUAUAAAUGCCAGCAUCGACAAGUCCGAUACGUAAAAACCCGUCGUACGUUCUCUCAGGAGUGACGCUGCGAAUCACUUGCUCUCGAUACCGUUUUCCAGCGUACGUCGCGUGAUCGCGGAUCUUUGUCGGUCUAGUGCGUGUUACACGUGAGCAACAUGAGUAAGAAAUCGGAUAUCCUUUACCUGUUCGAUCGACCCGCGGAGCCGGUGUACGUGCCCAAGGGAGAGAACAAAGUCGCUUUCAAUGUACCGGCUAACUACCUGCCUGAAACUCGGCAACCGAUGGCUCCCGAAGUGUUCAACCGUUUUGCUGAAGACACCACGUCGAAGAUCCCGGUUAAACAGAUCAGCCUGCCGGACUUGAGCGUUGUCCUCCAGCUUGGACGUCGAGAGCCUUUCUCCCUCUUCAUCCCUAAACAUCGAAAGUUAGCCGCGCGCCUCAUCGAUAUUUUCCUGGGUAUGCGAACGUACGACGACUUCCUUUCGGUGUCGGUUUACUGUCGCGAUCGCGUUAAUCCUCAGAUGUUCAUCUACGCGCUUUCUGUGGCGAUUCUACACCGUCCUGAUACCAAGGAUCUCCCGAUACCGCCGCUGUCGGAAAUUUUCCCAGACAAGUACAUCGACAGCGGAAUAUUCGCCAGAGCGAGGGAGGAGGCCAACGUUGUACCGGCUGGCUCCAGGCUGCCUAUCGAAAUUCCACGGGAUUAUACCGCGUCGGAUCUCGACGAGGAGCAUCGUGUGGCUUAUUGGAGGGAAGAUAUCGGGAUCAAUCUUCAUCACUGGCACUGGCAUCUGGUCUAUCCAUUUGAGACCGACAUCAGGAUUGUUAACAAGGAUCGGCGUGGCGAGCUGUUCUACUAUAUGCAUCACCAGAUCCAAUGCAGAUACAACUGCGAGCGUCUGUGCAACCGAUUGGGUCGAGUGAAGCGCUUCCACAACUGGCGCGAGUCGAUCCCGGAGGGUUACUUCCCCAAGUUGGAUUCGUUGGUGGCGAGCCGUAGCUGGCCCGCUCGUCCCGCCGGUGCCGUACUCAAGGACAUCAACCGCCCCGUGGAUCAACUGAACUUCGAUCUUCAGGACCUGGAAAGAUGGCGCGAUCGCAUCUACGAGGCCAUUCACACCGGUGCUUACAUCAGCCCCCGCGGCGAGAGGGUGCCUUUGACCGAGUUAGGCGGCGUGGAUGUGUUGGGUAACAUCAUGGAGGCCAGCAUCCUGUCGCCCAAUCCCAACGUCUACGGCGAUCUUCACAAUCUCGGUCAUGUCGCCAUCUCUUACUGCCACGAUCCGGAUCAUCGUUACUUGGAAACUUUCGGCAUCAUGGGAGAGCCGGCCACCGCUAUGAGAGAUCCCAUCUUCUACAGAUACCACGCUUUCGUUGACGAUGUGUUCCUGGAGCACAAGAAUACACUUCCCGAGUACAGCCUACAGCAGUUGGACUUCCCAGGCGUGGAAAUCACAGACAUAGAGGUGAAUACUCCGAACCAGCCAGCAAAUCUAGUGGCGACCUUCUGGAACAAGAGUGACGUUGAUCUAUCCCGCGGUUUAGAUUUCACACCGCGCGGUCCUGUUCUCGCCAGAUUCACUCAUCUGAAUCACGCCGAUUACACCUACAAAAUCAUCGCCAACAAUCGCAACAACGCACCACGUCGAGGAACUGUUCGUAUAUUCAUCGCGCCUAAGCAAGAUGAGCGCGGACUGCCCUACGUCUUCAGGGAUCAGAAGGAGCUGAUGAUCGAGCUGGACAAGUUUACUGUUGUAUUGAAACCAGGACAGAACACCAUCGAGCGUAAAUCAACGGACUCCUCAGUAACUAUACCUUUCGAGAGAACGUUCCGCAAUCUCGAAGAGAACAGACCGAUCAGUGGCGAUAGUCUGGAACAGUUCAACUUCUGCGGAUGCGGCUGGCCGCAGCACAUGCUGGUACCUAAAGGGACGAAGGAGGGAUUCCCGAUGGACCUCUUCAUCAUGAUAUCCGAUUACACCGGCGACGCGGUGGAGCAGGACGAGCCGGCCGGAUGCAAGGACGCGGUGAGUUACUGCGGUCUGCGGGACCGCAAGUAUCCGGACGCGCGACCCAUGGGCUUCCCCUUCGAACGUAGACCGCGCGCGGGGGUGGAGACCCUGGCCCAAUUCCUCACGGGCAACAUGGCGGUGACGGAGAUCACCAUCCGCCAUACGGACGCGGUGAUGCCGCGGACGCGAUCCGGGAGUAUCAGCAACACCCUCACCUUCGCCUGAAUCCUGACGAUUGACCGAACGAACCGCGGAACGGCGCGGACCGUUCGUGCACCCCCACAGAGGAUUCCACCGGCUUGAUCCUCCCCCGCAGCAUUCUCCGCGAUCCCUGCAAUAUCCGUCGGAGAAUCGCGGCUGAUUGCGUGGAAGCGAUGGGACGCGACACGGUCCCAUCCAGUCUAUAUCCUUAGAUGACGAGCACCGGAACUGCGACGGGAUCGGGGGAGGGUGGAAAGCCGGAGGUGGGCGAGAAACGUUAUUUCCAUAUCUCAAUGACGGAAAGAUUAUCCGGGGGGAUCGCGGUGCACGGGAAUGUACAAUCUUGUGCAUGUAAUUGCUGAAACUCUCAAGAUCUCGCAAUGAUGGACUGGAUCGAUUCUCGCCGUUCCGUACCGCUUCGGAGACCAUAUUUCAUAUUGGAACUACAUUUAUUUUAUAGAACUUACUUUUUCUAAUUAUUUUAUAGAGGAUUUCUUUGUACCUAUAUGUAUUUUUCUUAUUAACGAUUUUUUAGUAGAAAAAUUUCAGUUUUUAGUUUUAAUUACAUGACUCUCUUUAUUAUGGAGUUCUUUGUGUAUUUGAUUUGAAUCUCUUUUGUACGGUUUUAUAAUAAUUAUAUGUUUGCGGUUUUACAAUUUGCGAGCAGUAAGUAUUGCUCGACAAAUAUAUUUUUACGUAGGUAUAAAAACAAAGAUAUACUUACCCCGAGUGAAGCUUUCCCCGUCUUCUUUCUCGUUUCACUCGCAUUACGCACGGGAACUAGAUUGUAGGAAGCAGCAAAUGUAAAAAGCAAAAAAAGAUAAAAAUAAAGUCAGACUAAGCAAAUUAAAA